AACCCCGCGAGCGCGCUCGGGCGCGCGCGCCCUCCGGCUGCACGCGCCCGCACACGCAUGCUCCCCGAGCUCCCACGCGCGCGAUCGUACUCGGGCUGCCGCCCACUCAGCUGCGUGUCCCGGGUGCGCGAGCUCCGAGCGGCUGCGCGGCACUCUUGGAGGUAGCUGCUGGCGCUGGAAUAAGCUUUCGGAGGAUUCUCGGAUGCUGCGGCGCGGGGCGCGUCGCCCCCCUCAGUCCACCAGAGCCCGGAUACCUCAGAAAUUCGGCUCUGGGUCUGUGGGGAGCGAAAUGCAACCCAAACCCCCUUUUUUUCCGAACCCCGCGCAAAAAAAAAAAAAAACACGCAUAAGCACGCACACAGACGUCGCCACGGUCCCUGCGCGCCUCGGCAAGUCCUGGCCGCUGGCGGCGAGGGAAGAGCCGGGGCCCGAGAGGGGUCGCUGCCUGCGCCUCGCAGCCCGGGGGGCGGCCGCUGGGCAUCACCGCUCACAGGUGCGACGUAAGUGCCUGGCGUCACCGGCCCGACUCAACGGCCGGCCAGGGCCUGCCUCUCCGCGGCCCCGGCCGGGCUGGAGCGGCCGCGGGAGAGACCUGACUCUGCUCUCUCCGCUCUGCGUGCGGUUCCUGCAGCCCUUUCGCCUUCAGCGGCUCGCGAGGUCGCGCGCUGGCACCACUCUGCAGCCUCGGCCGGGCCCAGCGGCCAAUCCAGGGCCCGGGGAGAGCGGCCCGGACAGCGGAGCGGAGGGAGGCCACAGCCAGGCGAGGCCUUCGGUCCUGGCGGACACCCCCGUGGCCGGAGCGCGACAGUGGCCAGGAGAGAGGGGCGAGAAAACCCGUCGUUGUGCGGUUUCUGUCCCGCUCCGAGAGCUUCGAAAUCCGCACGCCCCGGAAUCCCGAGCGGGAUCCUGUCAAAAACAUAGAUUUGUGGGCGCCCCUCUGGGACUCCAGUUGAGAGGAGCUGAGGCGGGGAACCCGCAUUUUGGAUGAAACCGCCCUCCCGCUCCGUGAUUGUAGCGUCCGCCGGUCUCCGAGGCCCACUGUGCCCCUCUGCUCCUCCGGGUCAGGAAUUACUACUCACUUGUACCGGUUUUUCGGACUCGAGCUUUGCCCAAGGUUAAGAUUCCACCUCCCUAAAGGCGAAUAAAACAAGGAACGAAUGGAGAUUUGAAAACUCAUUGCCACAAUGAAACAGGCUAUUUAUGCAAAAGAUUUUUAAAAAUCCAAAAUUAUCAAAGAGAGAAAAGGUACAGGGAGAAGUAAACAUCUUUGUUAUUCCUACAUCCAACCUUGCUGCACGAGCCGUUAGUAAUAACGUUUUCUUGGAAGUAGAGUCAUAUUUAUUUCAGGCACAUGUCCGCUCUUUUUGUAUGUAUGGUCAUUCUGCUGGUCGUUAUUGAUAUAUGUGACAUGCGUCCUUAAAGCAUUUAAUAGUUAGACUAUACUUAUUUCACUUAAUACAUGUAGGGCUGCCUUGUUCUUUGUGCAUCAUAAAGAUUUAAGUCAUUAAUACUUGAA